CUGAAAAUAACGGAAAGGAGCGCGCUCGUCUACCUGGGAUGUAUUUCUUUGAACUGCAAUAAGAGGAAAAAGGUCAAGUGGACGCAGUUUGAGGCUGUGGAGAGAUUUACGGUGUGAGAGGAACGGAACAAAGCGUGCGCCAGACACAUAUCUGGGUAAAUAAAUAUGACGGCUGAUGCUGAUGUUGUCUUGUGUCUGCUGAUGAGAAACGAUAUCACUGAUAGAAUAACAAACCUAGGAUGAAUUCUGGAGUGCAAUUAAUUGUGAUUUUUGGAGAAGAAAGGGGGAUUUAAUCCAGGUGGCGCAUCUAUCUCUGCGCGUAAUGGGAGAAAAGUUUCGGACCUUGCAGAGGAGACGCACUCGCAGCAUCCCGCCGACGACGCGCUUAUAAAUAACAUGUCAAUCCUGCCGUUCCGUCCGCGGCAGAUGAAGUUUGAAAGUGAAUUUCAACAAUUCAGCAUGACUUGAAACAGCCCUGGGGUUACCGGAACGCGCAUCAAGCCAGUUAACGAUCCAUGAACCGCCGAAGCGAUUUGUCCAAAGACGUGCAGACGGACAUUAAUGAUCUGAAGAGGAUUUCUGCAGCCGCAGCGCAGUGAAAGCCUGAUCCCAGAGAGAGAGAGAGAGAGAGAGAGAGAGAGAGAGAGAGAGAGAGAGAGAUCCCCCCUGGAUGUCUAUGAUGUUGUGCCAGCUCGGGCAGAGGUGUGUGAUGGAGGUGGUGCUGCUGACCAUCCUGUCCUGGGUGUCCGUGUGGGCAGAAGAGAAGAUCAUAUUUGACAGACACGCGGUCUACUGGAACAGCUCCAACCCCAAGUUCUGGCACGGAGAGUACAGAGUGGCAGUGAACAUUAAUGACUAUUUGGACAUCUACUGUCCUUACUACGAGGGUCCUCCGUCCCACGGGCGCAUGGAGCGCUACAUCCUGUUCAUGGUCAACCACGAGGGCUACACUUCCUGCCAGCACAGGAUGCGUGGCUUCAAGCGCUGGGAGUGCAACCGUCCCAGCGGUCCUGACGGACCCCUGCGCUUCUCAGAGAAGUUCCAGCUCUUCACUCCCUUCUCCCUGGGCUUUGAGUUCAGGCCUGGACACGAGUACUACUACAUCUCGUCUCCUCACCCAAACCAUGUGGGGCGAGCAUGUCUAAAGCUGAAGGUGUAUGUCAGACCUCCAGAUGGGUCGGGAUAUGAUUCUCCGGAGCCCUUCCUGACUGAUGGAGGUCCGUGCUGGAGGCCAGGGUCCAUGGCCCUGUUAGCUGUUCUGACCUCACUGCUCCUGGGACUCUUCUCCUGGCUGUGACCCCUCUCCCCCUCCUCCUGGAGCUCCCACCCAGGGUCGCUGGGCUGGGCUGGCUGUCCCUCUAAAUCCACCAUCCCUCAGGGAAGCCCUCUGUCUCCGCCCCAUCCCCUCCCCCUCAGGCCCUCCCAUCCUCCCCCUUCCCCUCCCACCUCCACCUCUAUACGACCACCAACCACCCCCACUGCCAGCCCCCUCCAUGGCCCAGCCACGGACACCGUUCCCAGGCCUGGCUGAGAGGGUUGGGUAUCGAGCUGUCUGGGAAGCUGCGCUUCAUCCCUGAUCCCUGAAUUCUGGGUGGAACAGCACCUCUCAGCUGAAAAACACAAGGGAAAUGUCUCUGCACUCAUAUCAGGGGGUCCUUUUGAUUUGUCUAUUGACUCUUGGCCACUGAUGGGGUAGAUGUAGCUGCGGCUAUGAUUAAACUUGUCGUUCCAGUGCAAUUCCUAUCAUCCAAUCACGGCAGGAUGCAUUAAGCGAUAGGCCUGGAUGCACAAAAAUUGGAUUUUUCUCACAUUGCUAUCCCAUCGUCAAACCAAGAAUUGGAAGUGGCCAAGCUUGCAUUGUAAUUGGAAUCCUAUACUACCUGGACCAGUUCCAACUGCAGCGAGAAUAAGAGCAAACGUGUAGAGAUGGAGAGGAGAAAAGUGACCCGGCCUGUGCAGAAAAGAAAGAUAAAACAAUGCAGGGGUCAGAGUUGAAUUAAUACGGCCAUAUGGGAAAUGUAAUGGUAUAUGUGUUGAUAUUUUCAGACUCGGUGUAGAUUUACAGCAACGUGAUAUGAAAAUCAUACAGUUUGAUUUUUUUUAUGAGAAGCUAAGAUAUCACUUCAUAUUGACAAGUAUAAU